CUCGUCGCCUCUGUAUCCGAGGGGAAAUUUGAUAACGGCACAGGCGAAUGAAACGAUAACGAAGAAAAAUACGAUCUCGUCAUCUGAUAUAGGAGGAGGACUUUUGGCCAACUCGUCCUUAAGUACUACUUCUUUAUUCAGUAAUUCAUCUGGCACAAGUAGUUCCAGCAUUCUAGCUUCUUCAGUCUCUGCCGCAGCAGCUGUGCCUUCAAGCACGACAAGUACUACAUCAACUCUGAAGCGCACUUUGCAAAGCCGAGGGCGUAACUCUUGCCCUUCUCAAAUGAUGGCUCCUGUGAAAACAAACCCGUUCUUGCGAAAGCCUAUUACUUUGCCAGACGAAGUUGUAGGAAAUGGAAGUCAUGCUCCUCUGGCACCGCCCGCGCCUGCUUCACAAAACAAGGACACGGCUACUACUGCAAGUGCUCCUGCUUCCUCUAUUAGUACGACGAUUACAGCUGCUGCUGCACCGCUACCUGUGAAUCCAGCGCAGUUGUCGAGCAAACAACUGAUGGAUUUGCUCAUGGAUGAUUCCACCUCAGCUGGUGGUGGUGAGGUUUGUGGGCUGGAUGCUGAUGCUAACGAAUUGCAGUUGCAAAAGAAGGAAUCGCAUCAACAGAUGGAUUCCGCAUGUACUAGUGCUCGCACCUUUACAACUGUAGAAGUACCAGGAGGUAGCAAAGCCAAUAGCACCAUCAGCGCGGUUUGUUCGGCACAAGGACAACGACAUCAAGUGCAGCAACAAGUUGGUCGACUGGUUGAUAAAUCUGUCUUGAAUUCAUCGGUAGCAUCAAGUAUAGUGCAUCCUGCACGCAAACGACGCAAUCACAGAGGGUUGAACGUGAAAGGCAAAGCAGGAGUGUUCAUGAAGCAUCAACUGCAUACGAGAGGUGCUUCCGGGACGACAGCAAAUGCGAAUAUUGUGAACCAACACACGCGUGACACGAGCACGAUUGUCAAAUCAUCAAAUGUUGAAGAGAACGAGCCAGGAGAGACCACGGCGUUGACUGACGUUCCUUACAAAAAGGAGGACGCUGGCGGUCCCUACUACAUGGACUUGCUUGGCGGCGAUAGUCUAUGCGCUGCUGGUAUUGAUGAAGAAGAUGACGACGAUGUCCUCUCAGCUUUGUCGUCGUCGUCUGAAGAUGAAGAACAUGAGGACGAUGAUACGAUGAAGCAAGAAAGCCAGCACAUUAAAGAAAAGCAUGUCCUCGUCGCAUAUUCCAACUCCACCAGGCAAAACUCCACCAGUCGAAAGCAGACUUCUUCGACGAAAGUCAAGAACAAAACUGCAGAACAAUCUUCGUCAGAAGCCUCUACCCCAUCCAGCUCCGGAAGUGAACAGGACAAUACACCCUUCGAACUACCCGAUCCAGUGUUUUCUUCCGACGACGAAGCUCGUCAACAUCCUGUAGGACCUCCGUCUGGUUCUCGCAACAAGAAGAAUGGUGGACCACGGCGUGGAGGUGGAGAAAACACUGAAGACAAUCCUGGUAGUUGGCGCGAAGAAGUACGUAGAGCAAGCAACAGUCAACAAGAAAACUACAGUCGCAGCCAACAAGAAAACUACAAUCGCAGUCAACAAGAAAACUACAGUCACAGUCAACAAGAAAACUACAGUCGCAGUCAACAAGAAAACUACAGUCGCACUCGCAGUCAACAAGAUCAAGAAAACUACAAUCGCAGUCAACAAGAAAACCACAGUCAAGAUGAUCUUCCUAUGAAAAGCUUGAAAGAUCCACAUGCAGUGGCAAAUCUACCAGAGUCUGACAAAAGAGCUCUUCUAGACCAUUUACAUUCGCGAAUCGACGAUGAAUCGUGCGAAAUGAACGAUUUCGAGGAUGUUACCAGCAAUCUCGCAGUUCAACAACAGCUGCAACCAACGAGCAGCAGUAGAAAAACGACCUCAACAUCUUCUAGAAGUAGAACAUCUUUAAUAUUACCGAGAUCAAAGACAUCAUCUGCCGCAGCCAAUCCUAGUGGUGAUUCAUCUUCAACGACAACAGCUGCAGCAAACACCUCCUCAUCUCUGCGUGCGCGCUCUUCCAGUCUCGGUUUUCAUCGGUCAAGAUCACAACAAGGAAAGACAACUGGCAAUGGCAUCCGCAAGUCAGACAAAGAGGUGAUCUCGCAAUUGCAGAAGGAAAACGCGCAGCUGGUGAAAGAAAACGCUUGGCUGCGGUCGGAACUGAGGAAAGUAAGGAAUUAGCAGAAGAAGGCAUUUCUCUUUUUCGAGAGAAGGACGAAGAGAAUGUAUCUCUGAUAGUAACAGAUGAAUGACGUUGAAGUUAGUAUUUCCCAUGUUUUGUAUCUGUUUAGAAGGUUCAUUGAAUUUGAAGGACGAGAAGGAAGCGGUAACAAGAUAAUAAUUUUUUUUAGCUACAAUCAACAUAUCAAGUAGUAGUAUGAAGAAACCAGCAUUCAUUCGCCAUGGAGGAUAUUAAUAUUUUGUAAAGCCAAAGUUGCAUACAACAGCACAGGGAUAUGCAUAUGGACAUGUCAUUAGCAAUCUGAUUCAUCCUUAGCUAGAAGUUGGUCAAAGCCAUCAAGAUAGAAUUUUGCAGAUUGAUAAGUAUACCUUAAUAGUGUUACUUUUUAAUCGUAGUUGUACGUUAAUAGUCAGCGAAGAUAAAUACAAUAGUUGUACCAGUACGGGGUUGCUAUGUAUUGUUCCUUCUGAUUCCUUUUAUGUAAAAAAUUUAGAUCAACAUGAAUCGACUAUGUGGAUAAAAAUAUCAGCCACGAGAAACCUUAAUAACUUUUAUUUGGACGACUAUCUACAACAAAAGAUAGCAGCUCUCGAGGGUCGGAAUGAGUUGAAGUGAACAGAGUUGUAGGCUGAGCAGAUGAUGAUAUAUUAUAGGCGUGUGCUACGGGCUCUAGUGGCGGGCGUCUAAUCUUCUACAGGUGACCAAGAUUGAGACUGCUUUGAGAGAUGGACGAGAAAAUCGUGUGAAGUGUGUUCGAG